AUGGCGGAGGCAGCACGCAACGUGCGUCACUACGUCAGUGAUUGCCUGCAGGAACGGCACCCGUACGAUGCCAUGAAGGCCUUUGCGGGUCGCCCAGAGCGUGACAGAGGCUUGGUGUACAGUGGGCUUCAGCCGCUUAGCACGGACAACUGGAUUGGCAGCCUCAGCGACCCCACCGUGGGCACCACGCAGCGUGUGCGGGCGUUACGUCUUCUUAUUGCCCACUCUGCCUCGCAAGAGACGAAGAUAACUCUCCUACGUAAGAACAUUGUGCCCGUUGUUGUUGCGGCGCUGAACAGUGCGCCUUCGGCGGACUUUGAGUGUCAGGCGUUUAGUUUGCUGCGAUCGCUUUGUAUACUUCCCCAAGGGUGUCGCAGCGUGAUAAACGAGGGGGGAUUAGAGGCAGCAAUUCGCUCUAUACAUGAUCGGUCCGAUCUUGAGGGACGCCUCGAUGCGAGAACGAUGGCAGUCAUGGUUAUCUACCAAAUCAGCUUUAACACGGCGGGUGUUCGUUGGCUGUUGGGGGCGGAUGUGCCGCCUGGUUUUGAGUUACUAGACGCCCCCGCUGGUUCCUCGACGCUGGUGAUGACGAAGGAGGAUGCCAUCGCGGCCCUUGACUUUGUCGUGGAACAUGAUGCCCAAACGGCGCUCGACAUGCUGUUUUACGCGGUCACCGCGCUGGCCCAACUGACGGCGGUAACGGAGGGAAUUUUUGCCGUAUUGCAGGGCAACGCCGUGACGGUGGUUUGCUCCUGCUUGCGCAGUUACGCCUUGGACACGUGUUGGCUGGUGGAGGAGGAGAAAAUACGGGUCGUGACCCAACUUCUCAUAGUCAUCUGGAACGUGGCUCUGGAGCAGCGCGGCGUGGACCGCUUGGAUGAGCUCGGCGUCGCCGACGAUAUCUUUCGGCUCUUUGCGGCGGUGUACAGGCGUCCACUUUGGUUGCUUGGCCCGCUCUUCCGGGCCUUGACGGGGGCGCUCUCGGCGGUCUACAAGCUACUCUCGGUGAAGAUGCGGAGCUUAGAGAAGCUCGACGGCGAGGCCUCCCGCAUCGAGGUAUUGUACCAGUUUCUCCGCAGCAUCAACGACAGCGUGAGUGUGGCGCAGCACGCGGCGCGGGAGCCACACCCGGACGUGGUGGCCACGUCAAAGAAUGUGGUACUCUGCACGCACUUUGCGGCAGAGGUGAAGGCGGUGCGAGACUUUACACACAAGUAUCUAAAGGAAAUGGGCAAAGUCAAUGCCACGGAGGCCUUCUACUUUAGACGUCAACUGUUUUACUCCACCAAGUGGGAGGAAGAGUUUGACGCCGCCGUGUAG